AAGUGAAGUCACUUCCGGGCUGGGGUGUUUGUUUGGACUGGAGAAGGGAGGCGGCGGGCGAAGCGCGCGUCGAGCGGGGUAGCGGCGCUGCCUGUGGAGAUCCGCGGAGGCCGACCGGAUUCGUUGGCUGCCGUCCCCGCUGCCGUGCACUGGGUUAAAAACUAUAUCUAACACCAACCAUGAAAGAUCCAAGUCGCAGCAGUACUAGCCCAAGCAUCAUCAAUGAAGAUGUGAUUAUUAACGGUCAUUCUCAUGAAGAUGACAAUCCAUUUGCAGAGUACAUGUGGAUGGAAAAUGAAGAGGAAUUCAACAGACAAAUAGAAGAGGAGUUAUGGGAAGAAGAAUUUAUUGAACGCUGUUUCCAAGAAAUGCUGGAAGAAGAAGAGGAACAUGAGUGGUUUAUUCCAGCUCGAGAUCUCCCACAAACUAUGGACCAAAUCCAAGACCAAUUUAAUGACCUUGUUAUCAGUGAUGGCUCUUCCCUGGAAGAUCUUGUGGUCAAGAGCAAUCUGAAUCCAAAUGCAAAGGAGUUUGUUCCUGGGGUGAAGUACUAAAAUAUUUGAGUAGACGGGGCUCUCUUUUGGUGGAUGUAGCACAAUUUCCACACUGUGAAGGCAGUAUUAGAAGACUUAAUUGUAAAAGCUCUCUCUUGUCACUGUGUUACACUUAUGCAUUGCCAAAGUUUUGUUAGUCUUGCAUGCUUAAUAAAAGUGCUGAGACUGUUAUUAAGUAAAAAGCUGUCAAACAUUUACUGAAAAUAGAAUUGGCCCCAUGGCUUGAUGUGAAGACAGCGAGGAAAGAAGCACCAGUCACGUGUCAAAGCACCAAAUUAAAUGACCUCUAAAUCUUAGUGAAUUGUCCUUUUUGAGACUAAACUGGUCCCUUAGGGUUAACUAAUACUUGUUAAUGUCUAAACUUUUUUUAAAUGAGUAAAUUUAAGUUCUAGUAGUUAAUUUCUCAGUUCAGACUUAAAUUUGCAUCUGUCCCCAUCAAAAAGAAUCUCCUUUUUCUGAUGAAGGCUUGUUAGUUAAUUUGAAAUAAUUUUUUAUAAACAAGUAUGUCUUAGGUUCACUACCUUGUAACCUUUGUAACCAAAGUCCUAGCUUUUACGGUAUGUUAUCAUGUAAGAAAUAUUGAAUUCGCCUAAUGUUACAUCUGAGAAAGUAUGUGAUUUGAGAAUUGCAUCCUCUUCUAAGGAGUCAUUGCAUCAAAGCUAUACCUGUGUAACGUCUAACAUUUGACCAACCCAUAAUCCAAUUGAACAAAGAAAUUGUAACCUAUGAUUUGAGUGGUGCUUUUCCUUGCUUUGUUAACCAUCACUACAAUAGUCUGCAGCACAACUUUUCUUUUAACAAAGCUAGAACAGUUUUGGCUUCUUAAACUUCUUAUUUGGGUAGGUUAAGCUGCCAUACGUGUUCAGUGUGAAUAGUGUUUAAGUUGAAAAUAUUGUAAAAAAAUUAUAUUUUUUCAAAAAUAUUUAAAAAAAUAAAUAAUAGUAGAACUGA